CCCGCAGCGCCCCGCACCCCGUCCGCGCCCCAUUGGGGGGGUCCCCCCCGCAGGGCAUGCGGCGCCCCGGACGGAGCCCCCUCCCCGCGCCCCCCAGCGUCCACGCGGAGUAUGAACAUUGAGGAUGGCGCGUGCCCGCGGCUCCCCGUGCCCCCUGCUGCCGCCCGGUAGGAUGUCCUGGCCCCAGGGGGCGCUGCUCUUCCUGUGGCUCUUCUCCCCACCCCUGGGGGCCGGCGGGGGCGGCGUGGCCGUCACAGCAGCCGCAGGAGGGGGCUCCCCGCCGGCCACCUCCUGCCCCGCUGCCUGCUCCUGCAGCAACCAGGCCAGCCGGGUCAUCUGCACGCGGAGAGAGCUGGCUGAGGUCCCCGCCAGCAUCCCCGUCAACACGCGCUACCUGAACCUGCAGGAGAACGGCAUCCAGGUGAUCCGCACGGACACGUUCAAGCACCUGCGGCACCUGGAGAUCCUGCAGCUGAGCAAGAACCUGGUGCGCAAGAUCGAGGUGGGCGCCUUCAACGGGCUACCCAGCCUGAACACGCUGGAGCUCUUCGACAACCGGCUGACCACGGUGCCCACACAGGCCUUCGAGUACUUGUCCAAGCUGCGGGAGCUCUGGCUGCGCAACAACCCCAUAGAGAGCAUCCCCUCCUACGCCUUCAACCGCGUGCCCUCCCUGCGCCGCCUGGACCUGGGCGAGCUCAAGCGGCUGGAGUACAUCUCCGAGGCGGCCUUCGAGGGGCUGGUCAACCUGCGCUACCUCAACCUGGGCAUGUGCAACCUCAAGGAUAUCCCCAACCUGACGGCCCUCGUGCGCCUGGAGGAGCUGGAGCUGUCGGGCAACCGGCUGGACCUGAUCCGCCCCGGCUCCUUCCAGGGCCUCACCAGCCUGCGAAAGCUGUGGCUCAUGCACGCCCAGGUGGCCACCAUCGAGCGCAACGCCUUCGACGACCUCAAGUCGCUGGAGGAGCUCAACCUGUCCCACAACAACCUGAUGUCGCUCCCCCACGACCUCUUCACGCCCCUGCACCGCCUCGAGCGCGUGCACCUCAACCAUAACCCCUGGCACUGCAACUGCGACGUGCUCUGGCUGAGCUGGUGGCUCAAGGAGACGGUGCCCAGCAACACCACCUGCUGCGCACGCUGCCACGCGCCCGCGGGGCUCAAGGGCCGCUACAUCGGCGAGCUCGACCAGUCGCACUUCACCUGCUACGCGCCGGUCAUCGUGGAGCCGCCCACGGACCUCAACGUCACCGAGGGCAUGGCGGCCGAGCUCAAGUGCCGCACCGGCACCUCCAUGACCUCGGUGAACUGGCUGACGCCCAACGGCACGCUCAUGACGCACGGCUCCUACCGCGUGCGCAUCUCCGUGCUGCACGACGGCACGCUCAACUUCACCAACGUCACCGUGCAGGACACCGGCCAGUACACGUGCAUGGUGACGAACUCGGCCGGCAACACCACGGCCUCCGCCACGCUCAACGUCUCCGCCGUGGACCCUGUGGCUGCGGGGGGCGGCGCCGGAGCCCCGGGGGGCGGCGCGGCGCGGCCGCCGUGGCCGGAGGCGCGGGCGUGGGUGGUGACAGCCACCUGGCGCUGCCGGCCCUCGAGCGCGACCACCUCAACCACCACCACUACGUGGCGGCCGCCUUCAAGGCGCACUACGGCGGCGCGGCGGGCGGCGGGGGCUGCGGGGGCAAAGGCCCGGCCGGCCUCAACUCCAUCCACGAACCUCUGCUCUUCAAGAGCGGCUCCAAGGAGAACGUGCAAGAGACGCAGAUCUGAGCCCGGCGGGUGCGCGCGGGCAGGGGCCCCGCGGGGACAGAACGCGCUCCCGGCGGUGACUCUGGUCCCGGCGCGCCCGUGCGCGCGCCCGGACCCGGGGGGACGCGGGACCCGGGAGCAGCGGCCGCGCCCCGUGCCUCCCGCGCGCCCUCCCGACGCACUGACCCCCCUGGCCAUUCGCCCGCCGCCUUCCAGGGGAGAGAGGAGCUUUUUUGAGGGGUGCCCUUUCCCCUCACACCCAACAGCCCUCCUUUUACGGUUCAUUUUUUGCAGUUUGACGCCUGUCCCUCCCUCCCAAGCCCUCCACCCUGGAAACCCGAGAGACAGACACGCGCGUCGUCGCCGGAGCUCCCUGACCCCGGCUGUCCCCCGCGCCGCGCGCUCCACUCCCGCCCUGACCUGCGGCUGGGGUGCCGGCGACCCCCGCGCUCGGCUCCCCUUCCCCACAGACUCUUUUGAUACUGAAGGGAGGUUUGCGUCAACGACUACCUGCUCUGUAAUUACUUUAAAAAAAAAACACGAAAAAGUAAAAAAAAAAAAAAAAAA